CUAACGUGCUACUGUCCGGUCCUCUCAGAACUCAGUCUUCCCCAUGUAGGAAGGCAACUACCAGGAGCCAAUGCUUUAGACCUGAGGACAAUAAGGAGGAGUCGUUGGACGGACAGUCCCCAACUUUUUCCCAUUCAUCUUUCUCUGUGGCGUUGACUUUGCAUUGGUGUGCUCGAGAGGGCACUCCAAAGACCAGUCUUCCAUUCCAGACCCAAGUCCUCCCCGCUUUGGAAGUCUCCCGGCUCUUGGUUUCCUGAUCCCAAAUUUCAAUCUCCAGCUGCCCACUGCACCAUCAUCAUCGCCCCUAUUCCAUCUGAAGCUCCUUGCCUGCCAAAUUUCGCAAGGCUUUGUCACCUCCUCGAAGUAGUCAAGCAUGAUGAAUGGGUACCGCAAGAUGAGGGUGAGCGAUCGCUUCAUAAGCAAGUCCAGCUCCAUAGACUUCUCAGACCUCACCUUCUAUCCUGAGCCAAAGGAAAGCCAUGAACACCCAUAUCCCACAUCUAUGGCUCAAGAGAGAGACACCAAUGUCGAGAUUCAUGAUCGGUACUUUACAUGGCAAGAGGUGGAUGCGGCACGGCCGGGCUCUGGGUUAGCACUUAGCAGGAGCUGCUCCUCUGCCUCUCGAAGGUUCAGGGCUAGUGGCAAGACCAUCCUCGAGACCAUGGUGAGGAAGGCCUUCACAAUGAGGAGGUCCUCCUCUGUUGCUGGAGGGUACUGGAGGAUCCAUGACACCGAUGGUGGAGAUGGGGAAGGGGAGUUUGUAGAGGAGCAGCAGCUGAGAUCUCCCAUGAAGAAGAAGAAGAAGAAGAAGGGGAAUAUUCUCAGGGCAUGCAAACAGAUCUUUGGAUUCUAGGCAAUGCCAUCUUUUUGUAACGAGACCUAUCUUUCUUCGUUUGCUUCGAGAGGGAGAAAAAGAGAAUAAAAAGAAGAAAUUCUUGCUUGCUC